CAAUUGCUUUGGGAUUUGAUGAAAGUAAACUUUUUCUACUUGAGUCAUUCAUUAGAGGCCAUGACACGAGUGUGGCUUAUAUUAUUAAUAAUUAAUUUUAAGAUUUUCCAUUCCCGAUCCCUUUUGAACAUACUAAAUAGAAUUCUCGUUGAAUAUGACGUAAAGCUUUCUCGUGUGUUUUCAUUGAAUAAAGGGGUUGAAGUCUUUUAUCAAAAACUCUCUUAAAUAUCGACAUAAUCAUACUGUUACAUUUUGUAAGGGAAGAAAUGUACUAGUUUUAUAAGCAAUUAAGCAAUUAUACAAGACAAGAGUUUGGGAAAUAUGAAUGUUUGAGCUAUACUAUUUACGUUCUCACCUUUAUGAUGAAAGUCACGGGUA